AUGGGAGGACGUGAAGGACUGGAACGUUCAUUGGUAUUAUGUGCGAACUAUUUUGAAACACACUGGACUGAUGAGAACAUUGUGCCUGUUAUUAUUUGUUCAACUGAAGAUGCAAAGCAGGGUAUGAAGGAGUCUUUUCAGAGGGUUUUGACACUGAAAGAAUAUGUCGAAGGAAUGGACAAUAAUGCAGAGCUGUUGGAUAAGAUCAGUGCAUAUGAGCAUGAAAUGGAAGGACAAGGGCGAAUGAUGUUCCCUGAACACCUGUCUUAUGAGCAAAUCCAGAGUGGUAUAAAAUCUGGAAAGUAUAAGAAAGGGAAUUUUCAAGUUUCGCGAGAAAAUUACACGGAAGCGCUUGUGCAUAUAGGCGAUGAAAACACAUGGUUUAUUCAAGGUCGUUUGAACUGUAAUCGGGCAGUGAACGGCGAUAUUGUUGCCGUUGAAUUACUGCCCAAAGAACAGUGGUCAUUCCCACAAAAAAUUAUU